AACAGAGUGGCCGAUGCCCGAGGCCUCACAUAAAUAGGUUCCUUCUUCCUGCCCUUCUGCUUUGCUAGACCAUCUUUUGUCCUACUCUAGACACUCCCACGACCUCCGUGAAGCGUAUACAGCCCACGAUGCAGUAUUCUAUCCUCCUCUCGGCCACCUACGGACUGUUGCUGAGCCAUAUGGCCACCUCUGCCCCGACAGCCAAGCCAGUGACCCUUCGCGUCAGGUCAGAGGACUUUCAUGCUCUUCGGGAAAGAGCAGGCAAUGAGGCCACGGCGCUGUAUGGCUAUAUAGUCGCCGACACCGAGCUUGAUGACAAAGAGAAGCGCGAUGACGAGGCCACGGCGCUAUACGCAUACAUUGCGGCCGACUCGGAGCUGGACAGGAAACGUGAUGACAAGGCCACUGCAUUGUAUGCAUACAUUGCAGCUGACAGCGAGUAAACCGAAGAAAUUACGCUGCGAGGCAUGCUGCUGUGCCAGAGCACAUGGUCUUAUUUGUCAAUCAGAAUUGGCGUUACCUCUUGCGUAAUCUAUCAGAUGAUA